CGACACUAAUGUGAUACGGAGCAAGAUUAAAACGUACAUCGUUACUCAUGCAGCAGACCAAGCUGCUCUGUGUUAGGAUUAAACCGUGAUGUUUUUGUAAAAUCAAAUUGACGUGCAGAAUAAAAACAUAAGAUCAAAUUUUUCGUCUUAAAACCCGUCGAGGGGAGACUAUAUAGAGAAGAGAACAGGCUGCUCUUUUGUAACCUAAUCCUUGCCCUUCGGGCGUUUGAAUCGCCUAAAGCAAGAAUUCUUCCAGCCCUCCUCUUAUUUAGAGACGGACUGGAUUUCUUCUUAUAAGACUCGACGGUUUCAUCACAUUAGAAAAAGAAAGAGCCGGGCAAAGACGGAUAUAAAGGAAAAGACGACAAAACUGAUAUAAAACUGAGAUACAAUCUGAAAGGAGAAGAUUGUUUUAUGUCUUCGGUAUCCGUGUCCUCCCAGGUUUUACACAUUUGAACUCCACACAGCAAGAAAAUCAAGUCUGCAGUAUUCGGAUACAACUGGACUGCUAAAUUGUAAUAAUUUACCGAAACCCAAGAGAACGCAAGAUUCAGUGACUGCCAGACUCCUCGACCGGAACACAUCUGUCCUCCUAAAUGUUUGAAACGGAGGGAAGGAGUAUGUCCCGGGUGUCUAUGAGCCGCUCUCCAGUUUCCCCGAUGACUGCCCAGGGCAUCCCGUCCCCGGCCCAACUGACCAAAGCCAACGCUCCGGUCCACAUCGACGUGGGAGGACAUAUGUACACCAGCAGCCUGGGCACUCUCACCAAAUACCCAGAGUCUAGAAUCAGUCGUCUGUUUAAUGGAACUGAACCAAUCGUGCUGGACAGUCUGAAGCAGCACUACUUCAUUGACAGGGAUGGAGAUAUCUUCAGAUACAUCCUCAGCUUUCUCAGGACCUGCAAACUACUGCUCCCAGAGGACUUCAAGGACUUCUCCCAGCUGUACGAGGAGGCUCGCUUCUACCAGCUGACACCCAUGGUCCGGGAGCUGGAGCGUUGGCAGACAGAGCGGGAGGCCCAGAAGAGUCCGCCCUGUGAGUGCCUGGUGGUCCGAGUGACUCCCGACCUGGGGGAGAGGAUUGCCCUCAGCGGGGAGAAGGUGCUCAUCGAGGAGAUCUUUCCAGAGACCGGUGACGUCAUGUGUAACUCCGUGAACGCCGGCUGGAACCAGGACCCCACACAUGUCAUCCGGUUUCCGCUCAACGGCUACUGCAGGCUUAACUCGGUUCAGGUCCUGGAGAGAUUAUUCCAGAAGGGCUUCAGUGUGACGGCGUCGUGUGGUGGGGGCGUUGACUCCUCCCAGUUCAGCGAGUACGUUCUGUGUCGCGAGCUUCGCCGGGGUCAGUCAAUCGGCACCACCAUCCACAUCAAACAGGAGCCUCUGGACUAGGUCAGGACCAGGUCAGGACCAGGUCAGGACCAACCACCGAGAGACCCCUGGGAGAAGACCUUCAACACAGUUCGACACCCAGUGCUCGUCUUCAGCUCCGACCUACACAAAACGCUAACAAAGAGGCCUCUUUAUGCUUGGGAAUAUAAUGUACCAAUGGUGACGUUGAGUGGACGGUGAUAAUAUGAGGUCGGGAUUCUGUUGAGACUCUUGAGUCGUCCUGUAGGCAGGACACAACGGGGAUCACUACUCAGCUCUUCUGGAUCUAGUCUAAAGAUGGCCUCCUUUUCUCUGCUUGUGGGGAAUUCUUUCCACCGCCACUUCCAGCAGAGGUCUUGCCUCUGGGUCCAAGGCAAACGGUCACUCACCUCUGAGCUAUUGACAAGGAACAAAUAGCUCAGGUCCAACUUAGGUUUCAGUAGGAACUUAUAUUUAAAUCUAAAGAUGGAUCACUGGUGUGACAGAUUACCUUUGCUUCACGGACUUGGCUGCAUUUACAAUUCUGACCUUUUGCCCGAAAGUAGUAAAAAUGAUCAAUUAUUAAUGGUAAAAGAUCAGAAUUGGUUUACCUGUGUAAAUGCAAUGAAAAAUGGACCUGGGGUCUCUUAAAAGGAUAUUGAUCGCUGUCAUGAUAAAUAUUUCCAUGAUCAUGAAAACAGGUUUUGUAUGUGAGAAUAUGGUGCUAAACUGCACAUUAUUUAAAGAUUUUUAUAACCGCAAUUACAAUAAUUCAUAUUUACAUUGUUUGCUUAAUGUGAGUAAAAAAAAAUGCAUUUGUAUAGUUGUAUUAAUAAAAGG